AUGGCGGUAUUCAGUUCACUUUUGGGAGUACGAUUACCGUACCUUGCGGAAGCUGUCAUUCUCAUACUAGUGGCGUAUGCUGCUGCAUAUCUUCUUACAAUGCUUUAUUUUGCUCGUAAGCACAAAUUCACCGUACCGGGGCCGACUUUUGUACCCCCAUUUGUUGGUGGAUUGAUCUCCAUGAUUAGAGACCCUUUUGCAUUUUGGGAGAAACAGCGUUCGUACUCUCCACACGGUUACAGCUGGCAGGCAAUUCUGACUCAAUUUGUUGUAUUUGUGACCCGGGCUGAUUUAUGCCAUAAAAUAUUUGCCACAAACAGUGAGAGCACGUUAACACUACAACUGCACCCUAAUGGACGAGUGAUACUUGGAGACAACAAUUUGGCUUUCCAAAGUGGUCCGCAACAUAAAGCCCUUCGAGCAAGUUUUAUGAAUCUUUUUACUACAAAGGCACUUUCCCUUUAUCUCCCAAUUCAAGAACGUAUUAUUCGCAAAUAUUUGGCAGAUUGGAUAAAAAAUUAUCCUAAAGGGGGUAAACCAGAGGAGAUGCGAACCCAUAUACGUGAAAUGAAUUGUUUAACCUCUCAAACCGUUUUCAUGGGUGAACAUCUUCAUAAUCGUGAAGAGUUUACUCGAAAUUAUAAUGCCAUAACUGGUGGCUUUCUUGCCGCCCCUAUAUAUUUUCCUGGUACAGCACUUUAUAAGGCUGUUCAGGCACGAAAAAAAGUAAUGGAUGAACUUCAAGCUGCUGUAAGAAGAAGUAAGGUUCGUAUGUCUUUACCAGAUGCGGAAGCACACUGUUUGCUUGAUUUUUGGUCUGCUACAAUAUUGGAAACUUUGAAAUCAUGCGAAGAGGAGGGCAUUGAACAACCUGCUUACACUUCAGACCAUGCAAUGGCAGAUACCAUGCUGGAUUUUUUGUUUGCAUCUCAGGACGCAUCAACUGCCAGCCUUACCAUGAUCACAGCGACCAUGGCAGAUCGACCUGAUAUUUUAAAAAGAGUCCGUGAAGAGCAAGAUAGACUACGUGUGGGUGAUGAGCCGUUAACGUACGAAUUAGUACAAGAAAUGACAUUUACACGUCAAUGUGUAUUGGAACAGCUUCGUCUGUUUCCUCCUGCACCUAUGGUACCGAUGAAGGCACACUCUGAUUUCGUUAUUGAUGAUAAAUUUACAGUUCCUCGAGGAAGUCUUAUUGUUCCAUCAUUGGUGGGAUCAUGUCGAGAAGGUUUUACAAAUCCUGAUGAAUAUGAUCCUGACCGUAUGGGACCUGAACGCCAAGAAGAUCGCAAGUUUGCUAAGCAGUUCAUUCCUUUUGGUGUCGGUCCUCAUCGUUGCGUUGGUUACAACUAUGCCAUUAAUCAUCUCACAGUAUAUCUCGCUAUGGUCUCUUACGCUGCAGAAUGGACUCGUGUACGAACACCCAAGUCUGAUGAAGUUCUCUAUCUCCCCACUCUCUACCCAUAUGAUUGCCUUUGUACAUGGGCAUAUCGUGACAAUAAAGAGGAACGCAAAGUAGAAACUAUAGGAUAA